CGAUGAUCAAUUGAAGGCAAAAGAUAGUACCAGCUAUAAAUACUAGCUAAUUGAAAGAUGCUUUGCAAAUAAACUAAAAAAGUUCAAUCCUCCUGCAAUAAUGACCAUCAUUAACGUAGGAAUGCAGUGCUACUGCAUAAUCACCUUGUUCAUUUUCAGUCUCUGUACCCUCCUUCUAGUUCGAUUCAUCUUCAAAAGGCUCGCUAUUUCACCAAGCACCACCCACUUGUGCCUUCCUCCAAGCCCGCCCGCUCUUCCGCUCAUUGGUCAUCUCCAUCUCAUGAGCCUAACAGUCCACAGAUCCCUCACUGAAAUCUGCACUAAAUAUGGUCCUCUUCUCUACCUUCGCUUUGGCUUUAUACGCUGUGUUGUCGUUUCAUCAGCUUCUGUGGCCAUGGAAAUAUUCAAAACACAUGAUGUCAACUUCUCUUAUCGCCCUCAAUCUGUUUUCGGGGAUAGUAUACUCUUUGGAAAUUCUGGGAUGUUCACAGCAGCAUAUGGAGAUUACUGGAGAUUUAUGAAGAAACUUUGCAUCACUGAUCUACUAGGAGCGCGGCCCCUUGAAAGAUCACGUAAUGUUAGACGCGAAGAAAUUUUGAGACUCUUGCGCAAAAUAUUGAAGAAAGCUGAUGAAAAUAAGGCUGUAGACUUGGGUAGUGAAAUUGGGAAGCUCGCAAGCAGUGUUCUACUGAGGAUGGUGACGGGCUCAGGAUUUUCAGAAGAAAACAGUGAGGCUGAGAUGAUGAAGGAUAUGGUGGAGGAGUCGCUUGUGCUGACUGCAAAGUUUUUAUUUGCUGAGGCACUAGGGCCUUUAAAAGUUUUUGCUUCGUGGUUGUUUGAGAAACGAGGUAGAGAUAUAAUUACUAAAUAUGAUGAGUUACUGGAAAGGUACUUGGAAGAGCAUGAAGUAAGAUCGAAGAGAGACGGAGACAGAUCAGAAAACAGAGAUUUGAUGGAAAUUCUCUUGCAGGUUUAUCAUGAUGAAAAAGCAGAGUUGAAGAUUACCAAAACAAACAUCAAGGCCUUUCUUCUAGAUCUCUUGGUUGCUGGCAUCAGUGGCGCAGAUGAGGCAUUAAAAUGGGCAAUAGCAGAGCUUUUAAACCAUCCUGAUGCAUUUAAUAAAGCUAGGGAAGAGAUUGAAUCUGUUGUUGGAAGAAAUAGACUUGUUGAAGAAUCAGAUAUACAAAAUCUUCCUUAUUUGCAAGCCGUAGUGAAGGAAACGCUGAGAAUUCAUCCACCGGUUCCUAUAUUAGUAAGGGAAUCCUAUAGAAAUUGUAAUAUCAAAGGCUUCGACAUACCUGAAAAUACUUUAACAGCUAUUAAUGCAUAUGCCAUAAUGAGGGAUCCUGAGUUUUGGGAUAAACCAAGCGAAUUCCGUCCUGAGAGGUUCUUGGUUUAUUCAAAAGAAGAAGAAGAAGAUGGUGAAACAAAGAAACAGCUUUUCAAUUACUUUCCAUUUGGAGGGGGCAGGAGAAACUGCCCGGCUGCAUUGCUAUCAUCAACCAUGCUGACUGCUGCGACAGCUGCAGUGGUACAAUGCUUUGAUUUUGAAGUUGAAGGCAGAAAAUUUAAACUGCAGGCUGGACCAGGAAUGUCAUUAAGCAUGCCUCAGAAACUUAUGUGUCGUCCCGUGGUUCACUUCAACCCAUUUGCCUAAAUAUGAUCAUAUAUGCUUUUGCUGAACCCCAAUAUCACGAGUAUUGAUCAACUAGUAAUUACUUUUUUUUCAUGUUCAAAUCAUCUAUAUACGUAGUAGGAAUGUCAGAUCCUUCUGCGGUAAAAAUGUAUUUCAAAUAAAAAUCUAUCCUAAAUAAUGAAGUUUGAUUUUGUCAA